AUGUUGUCACUCCGUAGGUGGAUUGGAAGAUCUACCAGCAAGCCAUGGAGAAGCUCAACAUGUACAGCGCCAACUCGCUCGUCUACGUCCUGGUUCACAAGAUGGACAAGAUCCCCCAGUCCGAAAAAGCCAACGUUUUCUUUCUUUUCUUUUGUCUCCCCGCAGAAACUCAGUUUUUACACAGAAAAAGCCACCAGCAUCUCCAAAGGAAAGCCCAUCAGCGUCUUCGGCACCUCCAUCUGGGACGAAACCCUCUAUCUCGCAUGGUCGAAUGUGAUCCAAAGCCUCGUCCCCGACUCGCAGCGUCUCCAGAAGCAGCUCAACACGAUCGCGGAGCUCACGGAGUGCGACGAGCUGGUUUUGUUCGAGCGGUCGACGUUUUUGGUGCUGGCGAGCUCGAGCAAUGAUUUGAAAUUGGACUCGAAUCGCUUCGAGAAGAUCAGCAACACGAUCAAGCAGUUCAAGCUGGUGACGACGUGCGUGUGA